AUGGGUUACCCAGGGGGCACUCCAGACAAUAUCCCUAUCCUGAAGCCAAGACGGCGCGACGAAGACCCGCAUGAUGCCGGAGGACCAAAGCCAGCCAAAGGCCCUCUUAGUCCGACUGGCAGCUUUCCAGCCCCUGAGUCUGAAAUCAUAAAGGAUGAUGAAAUAGAAAUUUUAGAAGGCGAUGUAUUUCAUUCUGUGAUCGAUGGGACAAUCUCAAUCGACUUUUCGGAGAGAAUUCAAUCUUUGGCUGUUAAAAGUCUUGAUUUAACAGUCGUGGUGAAAUUGCUGGGGAGAUGGAUUAGUUACAACACUUUGCGAGGGAAACUCUAUGAUUUAUGGAAGCUUGCUCAACCUUUCCAUUUAAUGGAUAUCGAAAAUGAUUAUUUUCUGGUUACUUUCAGGACACAACCAGAUUUCUUGAAGGUUAUUUCGGAAGGGCAAUGGACUAUCUUUGGGAGUUAUCUCACAAUCGAACCUUGGUUGCUUGAUUUCUCUACCUCUCAAACUUUUCUACGGAAGGUGGUUUCUUCGAUCCAGUUGCUGGAGCUACCUGUCACCCUCUACAAGCGCAUCAUCAUCAAUGAAAUCGGUGAAUAUAUCGGACCUGUGAUCCGCAUAGAUUACCAAACUGACAGUGGGAAACGCGUUCGUUUCGCGCAUAUGGCUAUAUCGAUUGAUCUCCAGAAGCCUCUAAUCUCAAAACUGAUUAUCAAUGGCAAUAUUCAAAUUGUGAAGUAUGAAUCUUUGCCUACCAUUUGCCACGCUUGUGGUAAGUACGGUCACAUGAAAGACAAUUGUCCUGAUCUGAAAUCAAGUGCAGCUACUGAUAUAGUUAAGAACCUGUAG